AUGGCGCGAGUGAACGACGUUGUAAACCACACAGUUCCGGCCGACGAGAUGACGGCCAACGAGUUGCAGUUGCAGACAAUCCGCCUCGUAGAGAAGGUUGCGCGAUCACAAAGAGCUUUGGAAGAGAGGCUUGAUGCGAUGGAGAGGCUCUUCGCUCGACAAGGGCCCGCGCCGUACUUUCCGCAAUUCCGACGGUUGCCGCCCGAGAUAAGGCACCGGAUUUGGUCACUUGCAAUUCCUACCCGGGUUCUGCGGCCAUCGAGGCGGAACAGCAAGAAGCACGACGUGCUGCUCACGCGCCCUCCUGCCAUCGCCGGGGCUUGCCGCGAGGCGCGCACGAUAGCGACGCAGAGCGGAGGGAUCGUCUCCCUCGCGUACGAUGCCGCCAACUCGGAGAACCCCACGAGGACGUUUCGACACUGGUUCGACACUUGUCACGACGUGCUCGAGCUAGACAGACGGGCCGACAUCGAGGACGACGAACCGCGCGGCAUCAGGGAUCUCGUCCACAAAGCACAGCACAUCCUCGCCUCGCGUGCGGAGGCGGAAUGGUUUGCCCGGUUGUUUCAGCAAACCGCCCAUCUGAAAAGACUCAGUCUAAGGUUCGACACCAUCUCAGUCAGUCCCUGUACCUGGGACCUCGGCGUCGUAAAUCGUCUGUUCGGCGAUGCCAGCACCGUCAUCACCAUGGACCUCGAGAACGCAGACGAGAUUGCGUGGGUCAAGGGCGUCUUGCGCGGGUAUUGGCGGAACCCCGUGUUCUGUGCAUUCGAUUUGGAGUCGUGGGCGAGAGAGAGAAAGUCGAGUGCCGGAACGGACGUGAGGGACGAAGGCUGGAUGCGGCGGUUACCUGAGACGUGGAUGAGUGAGGUUGCUAGGGGUUGGGUUAUGGCCAAGGCGGCGGAGAUGACAGCGACGGUCGGAGGCGAGGUCGAAGGGCAAGGUGACAUGGUGAGAGAUCAGCUGGACACAGAUGUCACAGAAGCGGAGACACCGGCUUCGGCUGCGGCUGCGUUGGAUGUGAAGAGUGAUUUCGUGAGGGCUGCGCUGUUGGCCAUGCCGGAUGUGAAGUUCGUAAGAGCUUUUUGUCGUGAUGAGACUCACGCCGUUUGCCGUCCAUAA